AUGGGUUUCACAAAGCCGCCGGUGCAGGCGCUCAAGUCUGCCAACAAGAUCAAGCGAAGAGAGCUCUUCGUCCAGCACAAGAAGCACAGGGACAAGGAGAGGCACGAGGAGCGGCACCGUCGCAGGAGGGAGGAGGCCAAGGAUCCCGAGCUCAAGGCCGCCCGUCUGGCCAAGCGCAAGCCCGUCACGAUCGACCAGAAGCGAGUGUGGGAUGAUGUCGAUGAUGAUAGCCUCGGCGCGCAGGUGGAUCUGGAGAAGCUGAAGCGCCGGCGCAUCGAGGAGGCCGAGGCGGUGGAGCAGGCUGCUCACGAGGCCGAGAUGCAGGAGGAUGAUGACGACGACGAUGUUGACAGCAUGCUGGCUUCGGAUGAAGAGAUGGAUGAGGAGCGUCAAGCUGCCCUGGAGAAGAAGCGCGAGAAACGAGCGAGACGAGACAACAGCAUCGCCCCGUCUACAACAAGCACCAACCUCGAUUUGACGCCGUCAUCACUCGCCCUCAAGUUCCCCUCUCUCUUCACCGAUAUCCCCGCUCCCGAGCCUAAGAUCCUCAUCACCACAUCCCUCAACUCGACCAUCCACGAAGAGGCCCAUCUCCUCUGUGGCCUCUUCCCCAACAGCAACUACAUCCCCCGGUCCGCCCACCGGUACGGCCACAAGUACUCCCUCCGCGAGAUCUGCAAGUACGCCUCGAACCGCGAGUACACGGCCGUGGUCCUCCUCAAGGAGGACUCCAAGAAGCCCACAGGUCUUUCAGUCGUGCACCUCCCCACAGGCCCAACCUUUCACUUCUCCAUCACCAACUGGAUCGAGGGCAAGAAGCUCCCCGGCCACGGAAACCCUACCAACCACUACCCCGAGCUUCUCCUCAACAACUUCAAGACGCCACUGGGUCUUUUGACGGCCAAGCUUUUCCAGACUAUGUUCCCCCCUAGGCCAGAGUUCCAAGGCCGCCAGGUCGUCACCCUGCACAACCAGCGAGACUACAUCUUUGUGCGGAGGCAUCGUUAUGUCUUCCGAGAUAAGCGACAGACCGAGAAGAGCAUCGUCGGCGCAGAUGGAAAGGAGAUCAAGGGUGUUGAGAACAUCCGCGCCGGCUUGCAAGAGCUAGGCCCUCGAUUCACGCUCAAGCUGAGGAGAGUCGACAAGGGUAUUGGACGAGCAGGUAGUGAGGGCGACGAUGCGACGCAGUGGGAGUGGAAGGCCAAGAUGGAGAAGGAUCGCAAGAGAUUCAACCUUUAA